AUGUUUAGAGUGCUCAGCAGCCAGGGCGGCUCCAUUUGCAACGUUCAUCCCACCCGGCUUCUGACGGGCCCAGCUCCCUCCUCCCCUACGAUUCUAUUAAUCGCGUCCACUCGUUUCCUCUUCCAAUUCCCGCCCACGCCACUCGCUACCCCCAGCUCUGGUCGACCACCCCUUAUCUCCCUGGUACCAAACACAACCAUCAUCAUCCGCAUUCUGUCCGUUGGAGCAUCGGCCCGACAACAUUUCAACCACCGUAUAUCCCACCCACGCAACACAAGUCGCCGCACCAGCCAGAGGUGGUGA